GGUGGUCUCGACUAGUGAUCUAACCUUCUAGGAGUACCUUUUUCCUAUCCUAUAGACCGUAUAUAUUUAUAAUACCAUUUUGAUUACUAGUAAUAGAAUUAAGGGGGUAUAAUUGCUUCUGCUUGGGAAUAACUCGUAUCUCAUUCUAUUAUCGAUCAUAUUAGUAGAAUGAUCGAUUGCAUAGUUGCUCGACUAGUCAUGGCCUACUGAUACCUUUUGCGAAUUCAAAACCAAAUCCCUCAUCACCCCACUAGUCACUACUAAACCACAUAUUAAUCUCUGCUUCGGAAUUCGCGAGCGUGCCAGGGGACUCAUUUAGACUAGUGCCAUGUGGUUUUUUUCACUGGGGCGAGUGGCGCUCACAUGAGAGGCGCCAUUAAACUAGCUCGACGAGCUCUCGUCCCCAGGAAAGCCAUGGCAAGCAGCCAAUGCUUAUAGAUUCUUCCCCCAUGGGUCAUGGGAUGCGUCGUUCUCCCGAUGCCACAAGCCCAGCGAGGGGGACAGGAUGGAGCUAGCUGAACUGAAUAGCGAUCACUAGCUUGGAGCCUUGCUCUAUAUAUACUCAGUUGCAUACGGAUGCAGGAGGAGGUGAGAGGUUGGCACAGGUGAUCACUGAAGAUUAACUGAAGGCAGCUAUCAUGAGGUUAUUACCAGCUUCAGGGAUUGUGAGGCUGGUUGCGUUGGUGUUCUUGCUGAUCUUCAGCUCAUCACUUCAGCAGCAGGCAGGUGUCGGUGCCAUCAGGCUGCAUGACAGAAAGCAGCACGGGGAGCAGUGGGAGGAGGAGAGGACGCAGAUGAGGUCGUUCAUGACCAUGGACUAUAGCUCAGUGAGGAGGCGGAGGCCGAUACACAACUGAUUCAGCUAAACCAGCCCUGAUUAGAGAUAGCAUGAGAAACCAUGAGACUUUCAGCUCUGCUUACAUCUCCAUGUCCCAGCAGCAGCAGCAGCAGCAAACAACAUCUACUGAAGCGUGAUGCUAGGAGAAGCUGAUCGAUCCAUCAUGUGUUCUCUUUUUCUUUUUCGUUAACUUCUGUGAUUCUGUCCUUGUACCUAUGUCUCCAGCAGCGUGCACGGACGUGUGCAAGCAAAUUUUGCCCCCCUGACCAAAUGUUAUUAUUUGGAUAUAUAUAUACGCAGCAAUACUAGUAGUAGCAAGAAGUAGUGCUAAUGCUUAGUUUUCGUCACAUUUUUGUAAGAAGUUGUGAAGAACUUGUAGUUUAUCUGCUUCUUCUGUAACUGAAAUGGCAGCAUCUGAUAGCAGCCUGAAGUUUCAGGCAUGGAAAUUCAUAUGUAUUGAGCUUGUCAACCAUAAUGGAAGAAGUAUACUGAAGGAUCA